AUGGCCACGACCUUCGCGGACGUCCUGCCGAUAAAGCAGACUUCCUCGCACCAAUACACUACGACUCUGGAAACCGAAUGGUGCAUAGGAACAGUGCCCAAUGGCGGCUACAUAACCUCUGCUUUCCUGGUGGUCGCCCGGACACACAUGUCACUGGCACACCGCACCCGUUCCGAACCACAUCCAAUCAACCUACAUCUCGAAUUCCUGCGUCGCACAUCCGUCGGGACGGCACGCUUCACUGUGCGUGAUGUGAAGCUCGGCGCACGCAUCAGUAAUCUGCACAUAACCCUAUCUCAACCACAGCACCCGGACGAGCCCAGCGGACCCCACAACCAAUGGCAAGACGAAGUCGAAGGAUACAUUACCAUGAGCAAUCUGGGCACCGAAAGCGGACUGAGUCUGGACACGGAGUACAAGCCAUACCCGCCUGUUCUGCCCGUCGACCUCGCUUCGUUAGGGUCGCACGGCCAAGACACAAACUACACUCUGCGCGCAAAGGAUCCCUUCUCCCAGUUCCGUCGGGCCGCGCAAAACAUUCAGAUGUUUCUGGUCAAACCGGACCGAAAACCGGCUGAUCGGCCAAAGUCCAUCAACGACCAGUGGGUGCGGUUUGCCCCUGGAGGGGCCAGCGGCAGCGACAAACCUCCCAGCGGCCGUUGGACCAAUGACGCUUUAGGGUUUGUCGUCGACAUUUUCCCGCAGAUUGUCGAGAGUUAUGUGAACCCUUAUGCCGAGGAGGCCGCCCUUGGCCAGCACUCCGAGUCCGAGCUCAAGCAGUAUCUGAAGUCCACCGAAAAGCGUGCCAAGUAUUGGUACCCUACGCUUGUGUUGAAUUUGGACGUCAAGAAACUCUUGCCUCCCGAGGGUGUCGAGUGGCUGUUUGUCCGGGUCAAAGCCAAGGCUAUCAGGAAUGGCCGGUUCGAUCUCGACGUCGAGGUGUGGGACGAAACCAAUGAGCUCGUUGCGACUAGUCAUCACGCCAGUUUGGUCGUCGAUUCCGCGAGGAAUACCACGCGGAAAGGGAAGACCACCAAACUAUAG